CUUCACUGUGGACAAACUACGUGGUUUGGGAAUGGUUCGGAGAUCGAUGACUAAACCCUGAUCCGGUCGGGAAACCCUCAUGGUUUCGUUACACGGUUGCAGAAGUGGGCGGGGAGCUCUGGUUCUUGAGCGGAGUUUAGUCACACGUGAAACCCUAAUCCUGCUUUUUCUUGUCAAGUGGGUUUCUCAAUUUCCCUGGGCUCGGAAUUCAGUGAAAGUCGACGAUCCAAAUUUCCAAUCUCACAUGGUUGUACAGGGCUAUGGCAGGUCGAUCGCUGCAGGCCCUCUCUCAAUGUCUGCGGAGGGCUCGGGUUUUUGAUAGGAACCCCACAGGCAUAUCGAUCGAUGGACGAUCGAUAACUCAAUUGGUGGGAGGACAGUGGUCUUCCUCCCCCAUCCCAUUGUCGGAGAGAUCGGGGAUUUGCCUAGGUGCGUUGGAAGGCCCCGGUGUUCCAGCUUCUUCGAGGAAUUUCUCAGCUUCUGGAGCAAGGAAUCUAGGUUCUCUUGGGGGUCAGCGGUCUGAGUAUUGGGGACAGGGACGGAUAGGAGGGGCGUUUUAUAGCAGCCUGGCUCUGGAAUGUAGAGAAGACCCAAGGCGAUCGGACUUGAGCAAUGCAGAUGAGAUUGGAUAUAGGGUGCUGGGUCCGUAUGUCCCCGAUGGACCCAAGAUCCAACCUCAAGCGGCCUUUGCUGUUGUUCAGGUCGGAUCACACCAAUUCAAGGUGUCGCCUGGAGACAUGAUUUAUACGGAGAAACUCAAGUACGCUGAUAUCAAUGAUCAGCUUAGCUUGAACAAGGUGCUUCUGCUGGGAUCACUGAACCAGACGAUAAUUGGCAGACCCAUCGUUCCUGAUGCAGCGGUCUUAGCGGCUGUCGAAGAACAUGCACUUGAUGCGAAAGUUAUCAUUUUCAAGAAGAAGAGACGAAAGAAUUACAGGAGGACCAACGGCCACCGUCAAGAGCUGACGCGGCUAAGAAUCCUUCGAAUUGACGGGAUAGAAUGCACGACUCCAGCAGGAACUGACACAUCGGGAGAGGACACAGACUGAUAGUUCUUGGAGCUGAAUUUUUGCUGGCUGGAAAUACGAGCUCGACCUCCAUCCGGAGGCAAUAUUGUUGAUGUACAUACCUCCAAUUUGUAAAGCGUAAGGUGGCCAUCAUCGAAAGCUUCUACCUCUUUAUGUGGCCACUGUGCGUUUAAACUGCUCCCUUUGGAAGACAGGAUCGAGUCAAAGCAUUUUUCAUGAUUCCUCAUCACAAUGAAGUAGCUGUACUCCUCAUCUUUCUGGCUCAGUCUAGUGUGAUAACAAUCUGGCAGUGAAAGGCGUGGACAACCACCGUAAAUAACAGCAGUCUGUAUUCUGGUCUACCAGACACACGAGAAUGAUUGUGUCUAGUAGUAGCCGAUCGUCCCAGGAUUCCGGAUGUUGUGACCACAAUUUGACGAGUGUUGGGCACUAUCACUGUCGCCUCACGGGGCCAACGUGUGGAGCUUGAUACAAGUGAACAGAGUACACCGAGAUCAUCAGCUCGUGACAAACGGGAACAGGCUCGCAAGUAGAUACUACUUGCGAACAAGUGAGGAUGGGCUUCCCUACCGAGUGAUUGACCCUCCACGUGUGGUGGUGGUGUGCCGGUAACAACCGUUGAAAUUUAAGAUCGCUUAAACGACAGUUUUAUUUCCUGCAAUCAUGGCAGUUUUGACCCUGCAUCUCUUGAAGUGCUCAGUGCGUAACAUGUCCCGUGGAAGUCACUAUCAGAUUGUUGGGUAUUGCCCA